AUGCUCUCUGAGCUUGUCAUAGCUUCUACACUGUUCGUCAACGCUUGUGCUGUACUCAACUUCAAACUAAAUAGAAGGAACCAAGACUUCAACCAUUUCGUCGUUGAAAUACUUCCGUGUAUUCAUUGCCUUCUGGAACGUAUUCAUUAUCUUUCUUAUGCUUGUGUUCUUCUCCCAUUAGUUAUGACGGCAAUGUCAGAUAUUUCAAACCAUUUCUCCAAUGGCAUGGAUUUCCUUACUUCCGCAGAUCUGAUUCUAAAGAAAACUCUCACUACAGUUCCGGCAGGCCGUCCUCGUAGCAGUGCUGAUAAAGCUCGUCAAGAGAAUUUGGGAAGGGAAGCGGACGAAGACGAUCAUCACAUCGACAGUAUUUUGCAACAAUUACGCGUUGAACUAGACGUAAAGCGAAGGGAAGAAGAAAGGCUGCAGAAAGAAAUAGCUGGAGUAUUAGUCGAAUGUGCUUCAGGAAAUUCCGGAGGCGAGCAGAGUCGUGCUUUUGGAAUGGCUGUGUCUCGGCUGAACAAUGCAAUGUUGGUUGUGGAGGCGGAUGCCAAGCAGCUUGCUGCAAGCUUAAGAACUAUUUCUCGGCUAGCAGAUAAUAUUAGUGGUAAGGUUUCGGCCCUUGAUGUAGCCAAAACACGUGUAGUUGAAUGCCUUCAGCUAGCGGGUGAUAUGCACGAUUUAGGAGUUUGCAGUGAAGGAGUAGAUCAGUGCAUUAACAACGAGGAGUAUGAACAGGCAGCUCAACUUAUCCACCGCUUUCUCACUCUUGAUCGGGCUGUUUUUCAGUUGAGCAGUUCAGUUGAUAGAGAUGCUGGACAGUCGAUUUCGCACAGUUACGAAGUACUAACGAAUGCUUCUUCACGACUUAAAGAAAUCCUUGUACGAAAGCUCGAAACUGCCGUGGGUGGUGAAGACGUAGCAACUAUGCAAAGGUUCGUGAAAUUGUUUCCGUUGAUAAAUGAGCAUGACUGCGGCCUUGUAAUAUUUGGCAAGUACCUGAGUCAGCAGAUAGCGAGGAUUGGAGAGGAGAACUUAAAGGUUAUGAUUGCGGGCGGAUUGGAUGAAAAACGAGUGGAUGUACUUUAUGCUGAUACCUUAUUUUUAUUCUUCGAAGGAAUCGCUGCUUUGCUUGAAACAAAUCAGCCACUCAUCGAAAGUGCAUAUGGACCGGAUAAGCUGCUAGAUUUCGUAAAUAUGCUUCAGAUCGAUAUCGACAAAGUUGUUGGCAAGGUCAUCGAUGAGUUUGAGAAAAAACGACAACUUGAGAAAAAGAUGAAAGCUGCUCAAAAGAUUUUGCUGGAGAAUAAAAGUUCUGAUAAAAGUGGAGAGAGGCUAGAUGCACUGCAACUGGACACUUUACUUUCUGAAAUUUGUUUGAUGAAUACCCACACUGAAAUGUAUUGGAGAUUUGUGAGGAGACGUAUCAAAGGAGCGUCCAAGGAGAAGACCCAAGAGGAGUUUGUUAUAACAAAUGGAGAUGACUUCGGUGACGUUGACGAAGAGAGGAAGAAACGUCUUUACGAGGAAAAAAUGAGACGCAAGGAAGAAAGAGAGAAGAAGCUCUAUCAGUUGUUGAACAGGAGCUUGGUUGGGUCCAAAAUGCAGGAGCUGCUCGGUAACUACAUACUUCUAGAGCAGUACUAUAUGGAGGAAUCUGUGAGAAAGGCUAUAGAUCUGGAUGUGAGAGAGGACGGUUUGACUAGUUCGGUUGUGGACGAUGUGUUAUUCCUUGUCCGUAAAUGCGUCAGGCGAGCAACGAGUAGCAGCUCUGUGGACUGUGUUUGUGCAGCACUGAAUAAUGGUGUAGCUUUACUAGAAACUACUUUCUAUCAUUAUCUUCUUACAGCAGUCCAAGCUGGCUACCCAUCCACAACCUUUGCUGCAGAGGCGCUACAGACAGCGCAAAGCGCAUACAGUGUCAUUCAACAUGGUAAAUCUUCUGAACCAAGACCGGAUAUCCAGAGAGAAAUAUUUUUAACCGCUAGUAAUAAUGCUAGAAGUACUGCCGAUCUCUUGCUAGAAUUGCGUGAAGGACUAGAGCAUGAAUGGAGCAAAACUCAGCGAAGCGCUGUAGAAGCGGGUAAACUGGAUAACGCUGUCAGCCAGUUGUCGGAUGUAUCUAGGAAAAUGCAUCAUUUGGCGUCCCUUGCUAUGGAAUCGUUGUGCAGAAUUGUUUUUCGGCCGAAGGUUAAGGCGAGCUGUGAUGGGUACGUGGAUAUUGCUCACAUAUUGACUGAUUCACAGCUGGCUGAAUUUGAAGCAGUUGAUCCGUUUAUUGAACAGUUCAAUGCUAAUCUAGACAAACAAAUAGCCAUCUUUGAGACUUUACUUCAUAAGGAGAACUUUCACUCAUUGUUAUUGGCCGUAUGCAGUGAGGUAGAACGUCAAAUGGAAUGCGUCAUUAUGAAGUGCUCGUUCAACAGGCUAGGAGGUCUGCAACUGGAUCGCGAAUUCCGCCAGCUGAGCGCAUACCUCAGUGGUGUUGCUGGCUGGGUUGCGAGGGAAAGAUGUGCUCGAUUGGGACAGAUUGUGGCACUUUUGAACGUGGAAAAUGUGGAAGAAGCGGUUGAACUACGGGAAGCUACGAAAACUUCCUCAAUCACUCGAAUAUUAUCCGCAUCUGACGCAAUGAAGGUGCUCGAACUUAGGAUUGAUCUGCCUGCAGCUCUCGUUCAAAAACUCCAGUUGUAA